AUGCUCGACACCUUUGAAAAGGAAGUUAUCCAAGCUGGAAAACAAGAUCGCGAGCGCAAGAAAGAAGCUCCGGAAGAUGGAGGAAGAUCACGAGAAAGUAUCAUUAGCGCGGAAGAGUCAAUUAACUCAGACUCCGAAGAAAACUUUGAGUCAGAGGUUGUCGAGUCCAACUCUGCUUCAGAGGUUGACGAACCGGCGCGUAAAAAGCAACGAGGCUUUAAACUUGACCUCUCCAACCUCACAAAUCCUUCAGUCAUCAGAAGGUCAAAGAAGCUCCCUCCCUCCUUACGAAAAACCAACUCUAUCCUCGCGAAUUGGGCCCAUGAUCCCAAGCGGGUCAAACGUAAGUGGCUUGAGUCAGCGUUCGUCCCAGAAUUCCCCGAGUCAGAGCUUUAUAACAUCAUCCACGGAAGAGUUGUUAACUUCGAUGUCGUAUUUUCAGGGUGGUAUUCAGACGAACCGGAGCAAGAUUAUGAGGAAAAGCUUGGGAAAGUCAAGAUCAAAAUUGGAGGAGAAGCUGAACCUGCAAAGUCCAUACGGAGCUCACAAGAUUGGAGUGUCGCAUACUCUCUCUUUGCCUGCGCUAUGCGAUUUGCAUUCCCACACCGAAUUGAUGAGAUCGACGACUACGGAAACUUCAUCCAUCAAAAGUUCGCCCAAAACGUCAGCAAAUAUCAUUCGCGUGUCAUUGCCUUCGACAAAGCAGUCAGAAAGCGAGUCAGUCGGAGGAGAGAUCUGCUGCUCUCCGAUUUCGACCAGUUUUCAGACUUGUACGAGGGCCAUUUCUCCCUCUCAGGAUGUUGUGUCAAUGAGGAAGGAAGCUCGACAGGAUCAAAGCGUCAGAGAGGACUGGAGUGCUGCAAGAGAUGGAACUUCAAAUCUUGCAAUCGGUCAGACUCUUCGUGCAACUACCGACAUGCCUGCUCAAAGUGUGGAAGUUCUGAGCACCCCAAAAAGAGCUGCGCAUCCCGGACACCCUCAAACUAA